AUGCCCUUCACAUUCGUUUGGCCUAUUUGCUGCGCUACCACUUCGAACUGUUUCUUUUCUCGGCGAUCUAUCUUGGGAGGUGUAUUGUUUACUUGGCCAUCGCGCACUUGCAGUUAUCGUAAUUUACUUAUUGGCUGGUAUUGGGAAGCGAUGGGGCGAGGGCGUCUGUAUGUUAGUGUUCAGUACAUCAUCCAAUUUGGCUGUUAUUCAUUGCAGUCAUUCACGCGUAAUUCCCCUGCCGGACAGCCUGAGAAAUCAUCGUCAAGGAUGAGAAUUUUUGGAUGGACAUAG